AUAUAAUAAAACCAUUCGAGUUCAAAUCUGUAAAGGAAGUACUAGAUACUGUUGCGUUCCUUUGCUUUUCAUCAGGGACUACAGGAAAGAGCAAAGGCACGGCAACAUCAUGUCCAACAUAUACCAAUACUCGGCUGUAGAAUCUGGGUAUGAUACUACCGAAAACCGACAUCUUGUGUUCUGUCCGCAAUUCCUUUCUACCAUAUUUACGGGCUGACUAUAUGCUUUCUCGCCCCACUCUACAUGAAGGCCGCCAUUUAUGUGCUUCAACGGUUUAAAAACUUGCUUUUUUGUGAGGCUGUGCAAAAAUACAGAAUUACCUUUACAUAUGUGGUCCCACCUAUCCUGCUUUCUUUAGCAAGAGACCGUGCCGUUGAUCGAUAUGAUUUGUCUUCAUUGGAAGCGGUGUUAACUGGUGCAGCACCUGCUGGUCCUGACUUGAUACAACAGUUCCAAGAACGGCUCAAAGGAGUCGUAGUAAAGCAAGCAUAUUGUUUGACAGAAGGAUCGGGAAUUAUCUGUGUUCAGCGAGAAAAAGAUCUUGCUAAAGGCUCAGCAGGGGUGCUUGUACCUGGAAUACAAGCCAGAGUAGUUGAUGAAAAAGAAUAUGGAUUUGAUAGCCGUGGGGAGCUACUGGUGAAGGGACCAAACAUCAUGAAGGUAUGGACAUGUACAGUAGUAGAAAUGAUUCUUCAUCUUGUCAGCCUUUUGUAUAAUACGAAAUACCAACAACGGUGUGGUAUUAAAUGGUGCUUGUAAAUAUACACUUCUUUCAUAUAUGCUCAUUAACCCAGGGAUAUCUAAAUCGUCCGGAAGAAACAGCACGGUGCAUCGAUUCUAACGGAUAUUACCAUAUCAUACCGGAGAUAAAGCAAUGAUUGAUGAAAGCGGACAUAUUUUUAUUGUUGAUCGCAUCAAAGAGUUAAUCAAGUACAAAGGUUUUCAGGUUGCCCCUGCUGAACUGGAAGACUUGCUUGUACGUGACAGACAUGGUGAUGGUGAUGGAAGUGGUGUGGUUCGGUUGAUGGUGUAAUCACUUAAUGUCACAUACGUGGGGGACUACACUUUUUCUUCGUUUCACGGUUGACUCUGGUGGUAAUAACGAGUUGUGCUAUUCUUUGUUAUACAGCUAAAACAUCCGAAUGUUGCCAAUAGCGCGGUUAUUGUUCAUUAUGAUCUAGAGUAAGCUAGUGAAGUUCCCUGCGCCUACAUAGUGCUAAUACAGGGGGUAUAGGGAAGCGAAGAAAUAGUCACGGCAUUGAACCAACUCGUAGCAGAAAAAGUUGCUGCCUACAAGCAUAUUUAUACUGUAGUAUUUUGUGAUCAACUUCCAAAAACUGUACCUGGAAAGACUCUGCGGCGUGUGUUAAGAAAGAUAGCUCCUUCUAUUCAUCACUAGUCUAUUAUCCUUCAAAGCAGCUAAAAAAAUAAUCAGACAAGAAUCGACAUGCUGUUGAGCUUUAUAAUGACGC